AUGGGGACCCCUUCAGCCUUCUUCCGGGGUUCAGCGCCCCCACCUCCACCGCUGUCAUCACUAGAGGCUGGAACCCGGGGGGCCGGGCUCCUUGGUGCGGCCGGUGUGAAGGCUGGCCAGAGCUUCAGGGCGGUGGACAGGCGCCCCGGCACCAGCCAGUGGCCCACGUCAAACUGGACCGCCCCACAGGAGUUUGUAAUCCUGGGUUUCUCCGGGCGGCCCCUGUGGCCCCAGUGCUGCCCUCUGCCCUCCUCCUGCCACACUCUGCUGGACCAAGCUGGCAGGAGACCUGCUGACCCAGGGCCGGGCCAUGGUGGACGCCACCCUGCGCCUACCACGUACUUCUCCCUGGGGCACCUGUCUGCCGCGGAGACGGCCUACACGCCGGUGCUGACUCUGCGCGCGCUGGCCGGCCGCCUCCUGCCGCCUCGGGGCCACCCACAUGGGCCUCUGUGUGGCUCUGGCCGCCUGCUGCUGGCGGCCAUGGCCCUGGGCCGCUACCCGGCCAUCUGCCGCCCUCUACCGCCCUCGGCUCACGACUGCGGGGCUCUGCUGGCGCCUUCUAGCUGCCUGCUGCGCUGGGGGCUCUCUCCUGGCCUCGGGCCUCACCACGGCCAUCUUCCAGCUGUCCUUCCGCCACGGGGGCUUAGUCAGCCACGUCUCCCGCGGCCUCCCGGCCGUGUUGGUGUUGGCCUGCGGGAACCGGGAGCUGCAGGAGCGCGGCCUGCUGGCGGCCUGCGUGCCGCUGCCGGUGCUGCCUCUGGCCCUGAUCCUCUCUCCUACGCCAGGGUGCUGCUGGUCAUCCUGGGGGGUUGCUGGGGCCGUGGGCCGCCGCAAGGCCUUCAGCACAGUGGCGUCCCAUCUCACGGUGGCCUGGCCACGCUCCACGACGGCUGUGCCACGGCCAUGUACGCCAGGCCCAAGAGCAGCCACUCCCUGGAGGAGGACAGGCUCUCCUCAUUCAUCUACAUCAACCUCACGCCCCUGCUCUACCCGGCCAUCUACACGCUGCGGAACCGGGACGUGCAGGGGGCACUGCAGUGGGUGGUCGGCCCCAGGACACCAGGCGCCGUCCACCAGGCUGACGUCACUGAAUGCUGGAUGCCAGCGUAUUUCCUGAGACCGGGUGAGGCCUGA